CGACAGAUAGCCUCAGAUGAAUGGGGGAUUGACAACGAUGUGAAAUUUCGAACAGUAUUUUUCUUCUUACAAAAUCAGAAAGGUUUGAUUAAUUUUAAUGAAUUACCGGAAUUGAAAAGCGUGGUAAUUUUGAACCCACAGUGGCUUGCAGACGUGUUCAAGGAAGUAAUCACGUUCAAAAGUUUCAGUCUCUCGGAGAACAGCGUUGAAAGUUUCAAUACCACGGAGAACAGCGGUGAAAGACUGUGGAAAGAUUUUGAGAUGACUGGAAUCUUAGAUAGAAAGGUUUUAGAUCAUGCAUGGGGACGCUUCAUUAAU